AUGGAAGGAAUGAGCGAUCGCAAAGAUGGAGGUGGAUCAGAGUGGGUAGAAUGGGAAGUCAUCAAGCAGGAAGUAGUUUGUGGAGAGGGUGGUUGUAGUGCAGCUGUUUGUCGUCCAUCUCACGAUGUCAUUGUUGGGCCGCUGUCAGAAGCCGAGCGCAAGACGAUUUCCCACCACCUUCAAAUACUUCGUUCUAAUGGCGACAACUUGCCAACCAACAUCGACAACGAUAACCUGGAGUCCAACAACACUGAAGAUCUGUCUUCCAGGCCUGCAGCUGGCUCCACCUCCACCCUGCGCUGCUCGAAGCCAGAGCGCGAGAGUUUACAACAAGCACUCGUAUCUUGGCAUGACACUUACUGGGCAUCAGUCAAAUCCAAGUUUCCCUUCUUCUCGCGCCAUUGGAUCUUGACUGACGAGAAUCUGGGUCGCCUUGUGGAGCGUGCUCAUGUCAUUCUAAAUGCCACAGAAGUCAACAUCUCAGUCAUACGUGGUCUCAUUAGAACUACAGCAGACGAUGCUACUCUGGAAUCACUUGUGGGAGUCCUCAAUGAAUUUUGUCAGGCAAGAUGA